UGCGCGCAGCGUCCUUUGCUGUCACUUCCUGAAAGUGAGGUCACGUCAAAUAAAUUCUUCUCCCCUAACAUUGGAAUCUCAUCUGGCUGAUGUUCAUACCCAAAGACUGACAGAAAAUUACAACCAGAGGACCUGUGCACUAAGUGUUACAAGACAUUGUGUUCAUCAAAUUCACCCACACAGAAGCUUCCUUUUCCAAUCAUGUUUGAUCCCAAACAAGAUGGCCAUUUGGAAACAGACAGCCCAGCAGAUUUUUCUCAGAUGAACAGUCGCCUGAACUCGUUCCGAGGCUCCACUCUGGCUCAGCAGGUGUCAGCAGAACGGCUAGCUCGGGCUGGCUUCUACUUUACCGGCCAUGCUGACCGUGUCUGCUGUUUCAGCUGUCAGAAGACUGUGGAAAACUGGUGCAGGGAGGACACACCAGUAGAGAGACACAAAGAGGCUUCCCCUGCAUGCAAGUUUCUCAGCUGCAUCCAUCGAAAUGAUUUUAACCUGACUCCUGACACCCCUCUAACUAAUGGCUCCAUCUACAACGAACAUGCAGAAGACAUGCAAUAUCGUUUGAGAACAGGAUCUGUGGUUGAUGAGACCUCCUACCCUAUGUUUCCCCACAUGAGGAGUGAAGAAGCCCGCCUUCGGACCUUCUCUUCAUGGCCCUCAACAGCUCCAGUGAGACCUCAAGAUCUGGCUCAAGCUGGGCUCUACUACUUAGGGGAAAAAGACAGGGUGCAGUGUUUCUGUUGUGGCGGCAUGCUGAAUGACUGGGAAACUGGGGACACUGCCUGGGAAGAACAUUCCAAACAUUAUUCCACUUGCUUCUUUAUCCUUGGGCAUGAUGUGGGCAACAUGCCGCUGCAGGGGGUUGAGGAGGAGAGUGGCAGUAAUCAGCAUGCAAAUGCUCGUGUCAACAUGGAGAAUUUCAAUGAGAGGCUUGACAGCUUUGCAGGGAUCCAGCACCCUGUUGACCACGAGAGGCUUGCCAGAGCUGGCUUUUACAGCACAGGUACACGAGAUAUGGUGCUAUGUUUCUCCUGUGGUGGAGGUUUGAAAGGUUGGCAGCCAGAGGAAGACCCUUGGGAGGAACAUGCCAAACACUACCCAGGAUGCAGCUUCCUGUUAGCAGAAAAAGGACCGGAAUUUGUCAACAGCAUCCAACUGCAAGGACCCCGAAGAAAUGGAGCUACUUCAAGUCACGAGAAUGGAUUGUCAAGCAAUACAAAUGUAGUGCUGCAGUCAGAUAUGGCUCAGAAAGCCAUAGGGAUUGGCAUUGAUCCCAGCACGGUGGAGAAGACCAUCUUGAAGAAAAUCAGAACAGGCUCAAGCUACUCCAGUGUGGAAGAACUUGUGGAAGACUGCCUUGAAACACAAGAAAGUCAUGAUGACAGGACACAGGAGCAAGACGAGGACCCACUGGAGAAACUAUUGAAGCUGCAAAGGGAAAAACAGUGCAAAAUUUGCAUGGACAGAGAUAUCUCCAUUGUCUUCAUCCCGUGUGGUCACCUGGUCAGUUGCAAACAGUGUUCAGAUUCGCUCGUCAAAUGUCCGAUCUGCUGUCAAGCCAUAAAGCAGAAGAUCAGAACAUAUAUUGCUUAAGGGAACCACAGGCUCUUGCCGGACAUGGAUGCUGCUCUCUAUUAAAUCUUGUAAUUUAAUAUAAGCUGUAUAGGAGAUGGCAUGUAAUAUAUUUAAGCAUUGUGUUGUAUGUAUUCAUAUGCGAAUGAAAAACACAUCAUAUCUCAAGAAUCAGAUAUUUUCACAAUCAGUAAUAUGUUAAAUAACUUAAUAUUGACAAAAUUCAACAAGUUUUUAUAGUUCUUUCAUGACAUCUGACACCUGUAAAUACAAACUAAUGGACGACUCACAUUUUACAACACUGCUCUUUUUGUGCCAGAAGUGCCUUUCUUUAGGUUUCUGUACUCAGACAUCUUUAACCACACUUUACGUAAACAGAGAAAGGGUGUCAUGUCAGUCAGGUACUUUCACUUGUUUCUCAUUUGCUUUGUUGUGUGUAUUUUAUUUUAAGAACUUGUUUUAUUUUUCUGAAUGAGUGCUGCACUGUGUUGACACUUAUAAAAGAAAAUUGCUUAAAACUUUAUAUUUAAUCAACUGUAGUUUAUGGUUUGCAAUCAAUCAGUGUGGUGUGAUAUAAUUUUACCAUUUCAUCAUGCAACCUCUUAUCAAUAAAUUAUCUUGAAGUUG